AAAAAUGAAUUCUUACGAGGCUAUUCUCUCAUCUGCCAGCACAAAGUUCUCGAAGCUAGUGAAGAAACCAGAAAAGUUUCUUGAACCAAGUCCAGAGCUUUUUGAAGAAAUUAAACUCCUAAACAAGGUUCUCUACGAUGUGGGAAAGCUGACAGAAGAGCCUGAUACUAAAACCCUGCCGGAACUUUAUAUCCAGGAUUUUGACGAGGAGCAGGUUUGGACCGGGAUACAGCUACAAAACGCAGAGAAACUGCAAAAAUGGCGGAGUAAGUUUGCUUCCUUAAACCUGGAGGGUUGCAACCUACUGUUAGGGAGUAGGAAGAAGAAGAGUAGAACGGAGAAGGAGAUUGUAGAAGAUGAUGAACUCGAAGAUCAAGAACUCUCUGAAAUGGAACUCUCAGAUCAUGACAAAGAUGAGGAUGAGGAGGAGGGUGAGGUUCCAAGUAAAGAUGAUGACGAACUUGACGAAAUGGAAGAUAUUCUUAAUGAUCCAGAUUUUCAAAACAUGUCCGACUCCGAAGGCGAUGAUCUUCCUCUGUUCGAUGAUCUGAGUGAGGACGAGAAGGACGGGGACGAGGAGGGAACCUACAGAGCUCAGGAGAAGAAAUCUACCAGGUCCAGGGUUACAGAGGUCGACGACAAGUUCUUCAAGCUCCGGGACAUGGAGGAGUUCUUAGAGAUAGAGGAUAGGAGGGAGGAGAAGAAGAGGAGCAAAAAGGAUGAGGAGGAUAGUGAGGAUGAGGACGAUAUUGAUCUAUUUGAUGAUGUCGGAGAUGAUGAUGAGGAGAUCGGAGCUAUGGGAAACCAAUUUUUUCGUGAAGAGAAUGAAAAUGAAUUAUUAGAGGAAGAAAUACCUAAAACUAGAAAGAAACCAGCUAAAGAUGAAAUAACGAUAUUGUUGAAGAACGGAAAGCUUGUGACUGGAGAUGAGGAGGAGGAGGAGCAACACAGUGAAGAUGAAAAUGAUGAAAAUGAUGAAGAUGAAGGAGAAGAAGAAGAAGAAGAUGAAAAUGAAGAUGAAAAUCAAAAGAUGGACUUGUUGGGUGACAGUGAUGAUGAAAGUGAGAACGAACAGGUUGUGGAAUCUAGACAUGAGAAGUCCCAGGCUAGGUUGAAGGAGAAGAUCAAGAAGUUGGAGGAGAAGGCUAUCGGAGAUAAACCCUGGCAGAUGGGAGGAGAAGUUGCAGCUCCUGUCAGACCUGAGAACUCUCUACUCUCUGAGCACCUUGAGUACGAAGCUGGUGUGAGACAGGCUCCUGUUAUAACGGAGGACGUGGCUAGAAAGCUGGAGGAUAUUGUAAAGCAAAGAAUCAAGGAUAAAGCUUGGGAUGAUGUUGUUAGACGGGUUAAACCUAUAGAGGAUCCUCAGGAGUACAGGAAGAAGCUGGUGUUGGACCAGGAGAAGAGUAAACUCAGUCUAGCACAGGUUUACGAGGAAGAGUUCCUCCGGGUAUCCCAGGUCAAGGAGAAGGUUCCUGUUCCUGGACUGCUAGAUGAGGACCGGGAGGAGACACCGGAGGAGGUUGAACAGAUCAAAUCCGCCAUGAGAAGUUUAUUCUCUAAACUAGAUACACUAACACACUUCCACUACACACCUAAACAGAAAUCCGCGGAGGUUAAGAUUGUGCGGAAUGUCCCAUCCAUAGGUAUAGAGGAGGUUGCCCCGGUCGGAGCAAGUAACGCCGAUCUCUUAGCUCCGGCAGAAGUAGUAGACAAGGCUAAAGGAGAACUUAUGACUUCCGGAGACAAGACGGCAACAGAUAGAAAGCGUGAGAGAAGACAGAAGAAAUUGAAAAAGAAAGCGUCUAUUAGAGAAAGGGAAAAGCGUGAGAAGGAGAAAGCUAACGCAGGUGUGGAGAGUAAGAUAAGUAAGGAGAAGGCCUUGAAGAACCUGGAGCAGGCGGAGAAACAAGGAAAAGUUAAAACCAUUAAAGAGAAGGAUAAGAAUAGUUCUCUCAAAUCCUCCACAGCUUUCUUCAGUAUGUUACAGGACGAAGUGAAGACGCAUGUUAAAGAAAAAUCUUCUAAAAAGAAGAAGUUGAAGGAAGGGAAAGUUUCCUUAUCCGCGUUACGAUUAUAAAUUUUUAUAUUUGCAGA